AGGUGCUGCCGAGCCGGCGGGCGCGCGGGGAGCUGAGCCCGGACCCCAUCCGCGCCCCACCUCGGGCCGCCCGGCCGCCGCACACUAUGUUCUCCAGGAAGAAACGCGAGCUCAUGAAAACCCCUUCCAUCUCCAAAAAGAACCGGGCGGGAAGCCCCAGCCCGCAGCCCUCGGGGGAGCUCACCAGGAAAGAUGGCGCUGAUGCCAUCUUCUCUGCACCCAGCCUGGAGCCUCCAGCUUCAGCCUCCAGUGCCAAGGCCACUGGCACGCUCAAGCGGCCCACCAGCCUGAGCCGCCAUGCCAGCGCUGCUGGCUUCCCCCUCUCUGGUACUGCCUCCUGGACCCUUGGCAGGGGCUACCGAAGCCCCCUGACAGCCACCAGCCCUGCGGAGCUGCCCACCGAGGGCCCUUCCCUGGAUGCCGUGGAAGACAUCUCAAACCUGCUGGCUGACGUGGCCCGCUUCGCCGAGGGCCUAGAAAAACUCAAGGAGUGUGUGUUGCGUGAUGCAGAUCUUCUCGAGGCCCGGCGGCCACUGGCCCAUGAAUGCCUGGGUGAGACCCUGCGUGUGAUGCGCCAGGUGAUCUCCAAGUACCCACUGUUGAACACUGUGGAGACACUGACAGCGGCCGGCACCCUCAUCGCCAAGAUCAAAGCCUUCCAUUAUGAGUGUAACAAUGAAUCAGACAAGAGGGAGUUUGAGAAGGCUCUGGAGACCAUGGCCGUGUCAUUCAGUAGCACAGUGUCUGAGUUCCUCAUGGGUGAGGUUGAUAGCAGCACCCUCCUGUCUGUGCCUCCUGGGGAUUCCAGCCAGUCCAUGGAGAACCUGUAUGGACAGGGCAGUGAGGCUCCAGCACCGGGCUCUGAGGACUGCGAGGAAGGCUGCCUGCCCCCGGAGGAAGUGGACCUGCUGCUUCAGCGCUGUGAGGGAGGUGUGGACGCUGCGCUGCAGUAUGCCAAGAACAUGGCGAAGUACAUGAAGGAUCUCAUUGGCUACCUGGAAAAGCGGACCACGCUGGAGAUGGAAUUUGCCAAAGGCCUGCAGAAGGUGGUCCAUAACUGCAGACAGAGCAUCAUGCAUGAGCCCCACAUGCCCCUCUUGUCCAUCUACUCGCUGGCCCUGGAGCAGGACCUGGAGUUUGGCCAUGGCAUGGUGCAGGCGGCCAGCACGCUGCAGAAUCAGACUUUCAUGCAGCCCCUGACUGUGCGGCGGCAGGAGCAUGAGAGACGCAGGAAGGAGAUCAAGGAAUCGUGGCACCGUGCUCAGCGGAAGCUGCAAGAGGCAGAAUCCAACCUACGCAAGGCCAAGCAGGGUUACGUUCAGCGCUGUGAGGACCACGACAAGGCCCGCUUCUUGAUGGCCAAGGCUGAGGAGGAACAGGCAGGUGCUGGCCCCGGGGUGGGCAGUGCAGCCUCCAAGACCCUGGACAAACGGCGACGCCUAGAGGAGGAGGCUAAGAACAAGGCAGAGGAAGCCAUGGCCACCUAUCGCACGUGUGUGGCUGACGCAAAGACACAGAAGCAGGAGCUGGAGGACACCAAGGUGACCGCGCUGCGACAGCUCCAAGAGGUGAUCCAGCAGAGUGACCAGACCAUCAAGACGGCCACCAUCUCCUACUACCAGCUGAUGCACAUGCAGACGGCGCCCCUGCCCGUCCACUUCCAGAUGCUGUGUGAAAGCAGCAAACUCUAUGACCUGGGCCAGCAGUAUGCAUCCCAUGUACGCCAGCUGCAGCGUGGGGAGGAGCCUGACGUACGCUACGACUUCGAGCCGCACAUCUCAGCCAAUGCCUGGUCUCCAGUCCUGCGUGCCCGGAAGGGCAGCUUCAAUGUUGGUGACACAGCAGGAGCCCAGACUCCCAGCAACCCCCCAGAGGAAGGUGGGCCCAGUGAAGGGUCACCAGCCAAGGAGCGCAGGGGUGGACGAGGACACCAGGUGCACAAAUCAUGGCCAAUCUCCAUCUCAGACUCCGACAGUGGCCUUGACCCCAGCCCUGGCUCAGGAGAUUUCAAGAAGUUUGAACGGACGUCGUCCAGUGGCACCAUGUCAUCCAGCGAGGAGUUGGUGGAGCAGGAGGGUGGUGACGGUGCGUUGGCCUUUGAACACUUGGCUGACCUCAGUGACAUCACCCCGGAGCUGCCCGUGGCCGUGCCCAGUGGGCCUUUCCGCCACGUGGGACUGUCCAAGGCAGCCCGCACACAUCGGCUGAGGAAGCUCCGCACGCCUGCCAAGUGCCGGGAGUGUAACAGCUAUGUCUACUUCCAGGGGGCAGAAUGCGAGGAAUGCUGCCUGGCCUGUCACAAGAAAUGUCUGGAGACUCUGGCCAUCCAGUGUGGCCACAAGAAACUGCAGGGCCGUCUGCAGCUCUUUGGCCAGGACUUCAGCCAGGCAGCCCAGGGCACCCCAGACGGCGUGCCCUUCAUCAUUAAGAAGUGCGUCUGUGAGAUUGAGCGGCGUGCGCUGCGCACCAAGGGCAUCUACCGGGUGAACGGCGUGAAAACGCGUGUAGAGAAGCUGUGCCAGGCUUUUGAGAAUGGCAAGGAGCUGGUGGAACUGUCACAGGCCUUGCCCCACGACAUCAGCAACGUCCUCAAGCUCUACCUGCGCCAGCUACCCGAGCCGCUCAUCUCCUUUCGCCUUUACCACGAGCUCGUGGGCCUGGCCAAGGAGAGCCUGAAGGCUGAAGCCGAGGCCAAAGCCGCAUCCCGGGGCCGGCAGGAUGGGUCCGAGAGCGAGGCAGCUACUGAAGCCAUGGUGGGCCGCCUACGAGAGCUCCUGCAGGACCUGCCAGCCAAGAACCGGGCCACGCUGCAGUACCUGUUGCGACACCUGCGCAGGAUCGUGGAGGUAGAGGAGGACAACAAGAUGACCCCAGGGAAUCUGGGGAUCGUCUUUGGACCCACGCUGCUGCGGCCCCGGCCUACUGAGGCCACCGUCUCCCUCUCAUCCCUGGUGGACUAUCCCCACCAGGCCCGCGUGAUCGAGGCCCUCAUCGUCCACUACAGCCUGGUCUUUGAGGAGGAGUCUGAGGAGGCACCCGAGGGCCAGGGUGGACCAUGUAACCAGCGGGCCGAGGUGGUGGUGCUGAUGCCCCACUUGGAGACGGGUGUGGAGGCUGCCUUCACCCUACAGGAGGAGGCUGAGGAUGGAGGCCAAGAAUCCCAAGUUGCCUCCAAUGAUUCAGACUCAGAGCUAGAGGAGACCUCAGACCCCCUGUCAUCGUCAGAUGCCAGCGCCCUGCACCAGCUUAGCUUCUCCGACAAGCAGGAGGAUGAGGCUGGACUGGAAGGGGGUCCCCAAAGCCACAGGGGCAGCGAGGAGCAGCUGGGUAGCGAGGAUGAGGUGGGUGGGGCUCAACAGCUGUCCACAUACAAUACCAACCAUUCCAACAACGUGGCACCAGCCCCACUGCCCACCAUGAGGCUCCGAGGUGGGCAUCUUGCGGCGGGCAUCUGCCAGCAAAGGAGGCCUCAGUUUGUGUAAGAGAUGAUGGUAGGGACCAUUGCUGGCCACUUUCCCUCUGGGCUCUGCCUCUCUGGACUAUCCUGAGCUUUGAAGCACGGCUCAGUCUGAUGCCCAGGAUCACUGGAAUUGGACAUCACCGGCCACCUCCUCCCAGAAGCUUCCGGCAACACAGGGGACAGUGGGCCUGUGGAAGGCACCUGUGUCUUCUCCACACCCAAGCUGGCCCUGGCUCAGCUGGGCAAGUCUUUGCUCUUGGGUGAAGUCUUGGCUUUCUUAUACCACAAGCUUGUGUGGACACACCCAGAGAACUCCCUCCACCCCGCCUCCUACUUUCUGGGGGUGCAGAACCCAUCGUAGCCUCUUCUUGCUGUAGUCUUGGGGAAGUGCAGUGCCUUGAGUGGGUGCCCAUGCUGGGCGCUGUGGGGCUGGAGAUGGAGGCUGAGCCAGCAGAUGCGGCUGCAGGGCUGGUUUGGACACCUGGGGUUAGGAACACUGCAAAAUCGCUUACAGGUCACUAUGUAGUUCUCUGACACACAUCUAUUUUGCUUACAAUAAAGUUUUAAAAUCUUG